UCUUGGGGCUUCUCUUGAGCUCCCGUUCCCGCUCCACCGAGCUCACCCAAUCCUUCACCAAUGGCGGCAAUGGCCGCUGCUUCGACGAUUGCCGCCCGAUCCCUCCGUCUUCCUCCCCUCCAUCAUCAGAUUCUCCCCCAUUCGAGUAGGGUAUUUAUCGUGAAUGUAGGGAUUGAUGCUGCUUCAAGGCUUCCUCAUUUAGUUUGCCCCUUUCGGUCCAGAAGGAGGAGAAAUUUAGUAUUUGCGGUGAAUCAAGAUGCUGAGAAAUCGUUUAAGAAAACUGUGGAAGUUGAUAGACUGAUUGACAUGUUAAGGGAGUCAAAUUCUAGAGAACUAGAAAAGCUUGUGGUUGAAAAUAUCUUUGCAUUCAAUGAGGACUUCUGGAUCCGACUUGCUGCUAGAUCAGACUCAUGCAAAUCUGAUGAUGAUAAAAAAGACUACGAGGAAUUAGCCGCAUCAGUGAUGAGCAUAGUUGAUUGUGUAGUUCAUAAGGCCCAUGAAAAAAUUGAAUCUGCUACUGAUAUUCUCAAGGCAAUCCUGAAACCUGUGGUUGAUGACGUUGAAGAAACUUCAUGGCCACCUAAAGAUCCUGAAGGCCUCAUAUUGAUGGAAAAAGAAUUAACAAGAAGAGAACAAGAAGGACAACUGGAUGAAGGGUUUCUUUCAGAGGUCAAUGCCCAAUUGCGGCAAGCAAAAGAAGAUGGCGAUAAGCCAGGACUUGUGGCCAUGCUGCAGAAGGUCUUGCAGAUAUAUGCCUCUAAAGUUCUUUGUAAACGCAGCUAUGCCUACAAAGGAGGAGAAGUUUUAAAGGCAGAAAAGUUCCUUGAAUCUAUUCUUGAAGCCCCUGAAGAGGAAUGGAAUAAGCUGAUACUCACCGGACUUACAAUCGGAAAUGGAGAAGUUUCUCCUGAAGAGUUUUAUGCUGUUAUUAAUAAACGAAAUGAGAGGAUCUUAAUUCGCACCGAAGGAGGUUCAUACCAGCAGAGGAUUCUAACCGAAUAUCUCAAAGGUGUUGAAUCAAGAGCCAAGGAAAUUGUCCAGGCACUUCAAGGGCCACAACAAUGAAUAUCUCUAUACAUAUGUAGAUAUAGAUAUCUGCAUAAUAACCAUACUUUUUUUACUAUCUAGUGAUAUGAAGAGCAUAAUCUUAAUAUAACAUAUGGAAAAGCAUUUACAAGAAAAGGAGCACAGUGAUGAGGAAAUGUGCAAUUGAUGAAGCAACAGGAACAGCAGCAGCAGCAGCAGCAGCAACAGCAGCCUUGGGUAGAG